CACACUAUAUAUAUAUAUAUAUAUAUAUAUAGCUCUAGCCAUGGAUUUGGUUCAGUCAUCAGAACAUCUUUGCUAUGUUCGCUGCAACUUCUGCAACACUGUUCUUGCAGUGGGAAUUCCAUGCAAGAAGUUGCUGGAGACAGUAACGGUCAAAUGUGGGCAUUGCAGCAACCUGUCCUUCCUCAGCACCCGGCCGGCGCCGGCGGCGGCCCACCAAAGCUUCAUGGAUCAUCAACCACCAAAUCUUCAUCAGGGCUUUUGCAGUGAGGUUAAAAAGGUAAAUUCUUCUUCGACGACGACUACUACAUCCGGCGGCGAUCAGCCAUUGUCCCCAAAAGCCCCUUUUGUGGUGAAACCUCCGGAGAAGAAACACAGACUUCCAUCUGCUUACAAUCGGUUCAUGAAAGAGGAGAUUCAGAGGAUAAAGACAGCGAACCCCAAGAUACCUCAUCGGGAGGCUUUCAGUGCUGCUGCAAAAAAUUGGGCUAAGUACAUUCCAAGCAGUAGUACUCCACAAGGGUUUGCUUCCUCCUCCAGCAGUAGCAGCAGCAGCAGCAACAAUGGAGUAAAAACAAUCUUUUACAGUUUAUGA